AUGCGCCACCUUGACACCACACAAGAGACUCCUUUGAGUAUGAGAACCUCUGUUUCUCAUUGGCCUCCCAAUCCAACACCCAGCCACCAUAACACACCUGAAGGCUCCAAACCAAACCCUGACAAGGAUCUUGACAAAUCAGAUGAAGGGUACAGAGACUCUGAUGAAGAAAUGUCUGAGGGCUCUUUUGAUCUAGCUGAAGACAAAGAACACCGUCAAAAUCAAGCUUCUAUUUGGGCCAAGAAUACUACUAAACAACAUUCCGAGCAUAGACUAGAUCUUUGUGCACGAGGAGAAGCUGCACUGUCUCAAUUUGAGCAACUUAGCUUAUCAAUCCAGGACUUUCACAAAUUACUCUUAGGAAUCUUCAGAAAAACAUGA